AUCAUCAACAUGGCUGCCGCAGACCAGAAACCAGACGACGCUGUAGUUCAUCCUCGCUCCUACCAAGACGAGAGCUAUCUGCACGGAUUUCUCGGAACUGUGGGUGACUUACAGAAGGCUGGGGUACUGCAGGAUGUCGUCCUUGAAGUCGAGGACCGGCGGUUUCCCUGCCAUCGGCUUGUUCUGUCCGCGGCCAGCCCCUACUUCAGGGCCAUGUUUACAAAUGACAUGGCGGAAAGUCGACAGAAGACGGUUGUUUUACAGGGUUUGAAUGCAGACAUGUUUGGGGAGAUCCUGAGUUACAUCUACUCGGGAACCCUCCAACUGUCCCUGGACAAAGUGCAGCCCCUGUACCAGGCAGCCGACCUCCUCCAACUGGACUAUGUGAGAGACACCUGCAGCCACUACAUGGUUGUGAACAUGCAGCGCUCCACCUGUGUGGACCUGUACAAGUUUGCUGAUGCCUUCUCUGUGGACAGUGUCCGGAGGCGAAGUAUGCAGACUAUCCACAUUCAUUUUGUGAAGGUUGCCUCCAGUGAGGAGUUUUGCAGCCUGAGUGUGAAUCAGCUGACUGAGAUCAUCAGCCACGAUGAGCUGGAUGUUAAAGAGGAGACAACAGUGUGGGAGGCUGUGGUGAGAUGGGUGCAGCACAGCAGGGAGGACAGACUGCACCACCUAUCCAGCAUCCUCCCUCACAUCCGCUUCAACCUGCUGACCUCAGACGACACGGCAGCCAUCUUGGAACACCCCCUGGUCAGGGAGGAUCCUGGGAGUUCUGAAGUCAUCAGGAAUGUAUUACAGAAAGGGAACCCUGAUCGAAAGCCAAGGCUUGGGAUGGUGACCAUGGACAUGGCUCUGGUGCACUGUUCAAAGCGAGAUCGGCUCCUGUUCAUGAACCCUCAGCAAGGGAAGUACAUCAGCUGUAGGUUCCGGCCUGGAAAGCUUUCCGAUCCUAUAGCCACCACAGUCACCAGUGAUAACAACAUCUACAUCCUCUCUCGUGAGCCUGUGGAUUACGAACAGUUGUUCCUUACUCGGUACAACCAUGCAGAGAAUGUGUGGGAACGUGCUAAUAUGUCCUCAGUGUCUACGAUGGAGCCACAAAGAGGUUGGCAUACUGUCAGUCAGCAGCUGGUUGGAGUUGGUCUGAUUUUGUACUACCUUGCCUUGGAAAGCGGGACGGAUAAAAGGUCCUUGCUGCAAAUGAUGAAGUACAAUCAGCCUACAGACCAGUGGCAGGAGUGUUCACGGCUAAUACUUGACCAAGCUCUAUACAGAAUCGUGGCACUACCCUGUGGUCCACACCUGUAUUUUCUCUCAGACAUUGAAGUGCAUCGCUACGACCCAAGUCAAGAUUGUUGGAUCAGUUGCACCCCACCGAUGGUACAGACUGACUUCUGGACAGCUGUUGCCAUGGGAACAGAGAUUUUCUGCGCAGGUAUGCGCGUCACCCAAACGAUGGUGUACGACACAGAGUCAGACAGCUGGCGGGAACUGCAAGGCUUGCCAGAUCCAGAAAAUUUUUAUAACAUUUGCAUUUCUGCCCAGCUUUUUGUACUGGAGAACCAGCUGCACAUUUUGUUAAAAACUGAUGAUUUUGACAUAGAAGACUCAACAGAGUAUCUGGUAUACGUGUAUGACAGGUCUGCUGAUGCCUGGAGAGAAUUGGAGGCCACCCUGCCUGCUGAAGAUUAUACACAAUACAGUCCAUGGUGCCCUGCGGCACGUAUGUACUUACCAUAUCUCAAGAGAACAUAAAAUGCCUCACAGUGUGUGACAUGUUCAAACGACACACUCGUCAGUCUCUAGCCAAAUUGAAUUCUACAGGACUCAAUGUAAUCUGUACCACUGUUAUACUCCUAUCUGACCCUUGCCUUCCGCAUGACCUCAGUGAAAAGUGGCCUGCAGGUCGAUUGAGUUUCUCAUGAAUAAGUAAAAGUUCAAACAAUCAAUGCACCCAAAAAAGAAACGUCCCAUGUAGAGAACUUUAGGCCUCAAAUGCACAACCACGGACAUGUUCCUCAGGCAAUAGCCGCCUUAUUGAGUUAGCUGAGUUAUGAUGACUGUUUAUGUCAAUAUGUUCCACAUGCCGACCUUUACAAGGCAGGUGAAGAUCGUGGCUCUGAUGUGGGCAUGCACGGCUGACAUUUGACAGAAACCACUUUCUAUUCACCCCCAACAACUUCUGAGUCUUUCACUCUGUUGUCAUGUCCUGAUUUAUAGUUCAUUAGCAUUUCUGAUUUAUAGUUAGUCUUCAUCACAACAUUCUAUGUCUCAUAUAUUUGCUUAAUCAUUUAGAUUAAGGAUUGACAUUUUCCAAUCGUUACUAUUCUUUGAUUUAUCUUAUAUUUUCAA